AGCAAACUCGAUCGCAUAUCGACUUAAUACCACACUCCAUCAUCUCUUACAAUGCACUCAAAGACUAUCCUCCUUUCUCUCUUCAUGGCAUGCGCCGUCGCUGCGCCAGCCUUGACACCUUUGGAGGCACGGGCCCCACCGACCCAAUAUGAGGGAACCUACGACUUUUGGAUGACCGUCCCACCAUGCUACCCGCCGAGCCCUGAUACAGAACAGGUCCAAUUCAGCGUCUCCUGGAAGGGUCACUACACAAUCACCACGGACGAGCAAACUAGUGCCGUGACCGUCAAGGGACACCGCAAUGAGAAGGGUACGGGCGUUGGUCUGACCAGCGGCAAGAAGUACCAGUUGUCGAACAUGGACAAUUACGAUGACACCUACACCUUCAACCCCCCGUGGGAUCGGGAGUAUCAUGUCCGCAAAACCUACCAGAUUGUCAAGCAGGGCAGCGGGCAGGUGUAUAAGUACGGGUACAAUCUUUAUUACUCGUACGACCCGGACAAUGGUGUGGUUUUCCGUGUUGAGAAGCCCGGGGAGAGUUCGUGUUCGUGA